CUGAUUGGCCCCUUAAAAAGCACUGGAAGCAACAGAUAAAAACUAACUCCUCCCCAGACCCUGCAAAGACUUUUAUUUUGUCCUGGCUCCCUCUUUCUGUAGUUUUUGUCUCUUGUCAACAUGGAAACUCACUUUCUUGUUGCCCUGCUUAGAUUAUGUGUCCACUUCUGUGCUCUCCCUUUUUAUUUGCUGAAUUACCUAGGAAUAUGGGGUCCCCUUUGCAAGAAAGCAUUCCCUUAUUUUAUGGAUUCCUUCUCUGUCCACUACAACAGCAAGAUGUCUGCCAAGAAGAAGGAUCUUUUCAACAACCUCUGUGACUUUGCAAGCCCUGCAGGAACACUUAAAAUUUUGGAGAUUGGCACAGGAACUGGGGCCAACUUCGAGUUCUACCCUACAGGAUGCAAGAUCAUAUGCACUGACCCUAACCCCAACUUCCAGAAAUAUCUUGACAAGAACCUGUCUAAGAAUCCACAUGUGAAGCUAGAGAGUUGCAUCGUGGCAGCAGCCGAGGACUUGCACCAAAUACCAGAUGCUUCAGUGGAUGUGGUGGUUUGUACUUUGGUGCUGUGCUCUGUGAAGAACACAGCCAGAGUCCUGAGAGAAGUCCAGCGAGUUCUGCGACCAGGAGGUGCUUUCUACUUCAUGGAGCAUGUCCUCGCUUCUCCUUCCACCUGGAUGUUCUUCUGGCAGCAAAUCCUUGAUGCAGCUUGGGAUGUUUUCUUUGAUGGAUGCUGUUUAACCAGAGAAACCGGAAAGGAGUUGGAAAAAGCUGGGUUUUCAGAGCUGAAGCUACGCUAUAUCGACGCCCCUUUAAAUUGGAAUCCGGCUAAACCACAUAUUAUAGGCUAUGCUGUAAAGUGAUUAUAAAAUCUGUUAGGUGAGUUCAAAUAGUAAACAAGCAGAAUCAGAUACUUGACAAUUCACUUGUACUUGGCACAUAUCAUGUUUGCAAAACUUAGGAUUGAGAUGAAAUUCUUUCUCAAGCCUUUAUUAAAAUCGAGACUCUCAUAUCUAUCCAUCUAUCUAUCUAUCUAUCUAUCUAUCUAUCUAUCUAUCUAUCUAUCUAUCUGCUGGAAAAGAGUAUUUAUUACUGGAUACUCUAAUGCCAUUCCCUCAUUCAUGAAACUGCUAGUACUACAUUAUUUAAUUAUGAAAUGGAAUAUGAUAGUGAUGGCCAUUGUCAGAAGGCAAACACAAAGUUCACAAACCGUUCAUGUCUUGUGAUGCUGAAGCUUAAGCGGGAUAACUUUGUUUUUCUGGCAAUGUGUUCCUGUUGACUUUUGCUCUUUUGCUGUGUUUCCAUCAACUGGGGUCCAAGACGAAGAAAAAAGAGAGAAAGGCAAUGUGUAUGUAUCUGCAGGAGGGAACACUGUGCUAAUUGUUGGGAAGGGGAGUUAAUUGGCAUAGAGUAACUUUUAAUUGUGCUUAUAUGCAACAUACAUACUAAUUCUUUUUCAUGUAGUUCGAUUAAACUGUAAACCUUUUUGAUAAAUAAAACGUACUUUGAGGCUUUUAUUACGUGUUUUAAUUCUUAUACUUCAUGUUCUCGGUGUUCUUUUAUCUUAUCUUAUGGUGAAUUGUCCUGCUGAUUUUAUGCUAGUUAUAUGUUGUUGAUUGAGUUUUGGUUUAUAUAUGUAAGGCAUUGAAUUCUGCUGUUAUUUUUAGGGAAACCACUUUGAGUCCCCCAUCCGUCCCCUCCAGGGUGGGAAAAGCAUAUAAAUACUGUAAAUAAACAAAUAUGCUAUCAUAAAAAUAAA